GCCUCCAGAGUAUCUGUGACUACAGGCGCGCUCGUGCCACCAUAUCUGUCUAGUUUUUGUCUUUUUGUAGAGACGGGGUUUCACUAUGUUGCCCAGGCUGGUCUCGAACUCCUGAGCUCAAGCGAUCCACCCACCUCGGCCUCCCAAAAGUGCUGGGAUUACAGGCGUGAGCCACCAAGUCAAAUGGGCUUUAUACUUACAAAAUACCUUUGCAGACUUAUUUCAUUCUCACCUCACAACUCUCCAGCGUAGGCUGGACCGGUAUCAUGAUGCCCUUUUACUGAAAGAGGAAACUGAGAGUCAAGGUUGGGGCAGUUAACGAGCGUCACUCAGCAGCCUCGACAUUAACCACGCUCUCAGCCCUUUCUGGUCCUCCUCCUAGGAGAACCUUCGUGCACCUCCAAGAACUUGCCGAUCGGAUCUGCGGCGGCCUGGACGAGGUCACUCCACAGGCGUCCAGGACCUUCCCAUCCGUAGUGACGCGCGCCGGUGACGCCAUACAGUGACGUGUGCUGACGCGACUUACCGGGAGCCAGGUGCCGGCAGGGCAGCCACACCCUGGAGCCCCCUGCUCUCUAGGCGCAGAGGGUCGGGCCGGUGCGGAAAAGCCGCAGAAGCCGCUUCUGGUGACCUUCCGGGCCUGCAGCCCCCGACCCGGCAGCCGGUGGUCGAUCGGUUGCUAAGUGACGCCAGCGCGCAGCUGCGCGUGCGCGGCCACGGCGGAGUGCGUGAGGGCGGACGCGCGCCGCGGCGGCGGCGGCGGCGAGGACGGCGGCCACGGCAGCGGCCAAGGGGGCGGUGGCAAAGAGGGGGGUGCGGAGCGGGCGGAAGAGGCGUCUGUGCCGGCGGCUAGGUCGCAGAGGAACAUCGUUGGGCUCAUCUCAGUUUGGACUUGCCGUAUUUCAGUGCUUAGUACCCACGUGUGGCAAGUGGCCACCAUUGUGGCCAUUGCAGCUCCAAAGGGACAGGAGAGUUGAUGAAAAGUCAUCAUGAGCCCGAGAGAACAAACCUUGCCGAAAAUCAGCAGAUGAGGCAGUUGAAAGGAAAGAAGAUCAACGACUAUCGUCUAUUCCACAAGAUGAGUAACAGCCACCCUCUUCGCCCCUUUACUGCAGUGGGGGAAAUUGAUCAUGUGCACAUUUUGUCUGAACAUAUUGGUGCCUUGUUGAUUGGGGAAGAAUAUGGCGACGUCACAUUUGUCGUGGAAAAGAAACGUUUUCCUGCCCACAGGGUGAUUUUAGCAGCCAGGUGCCAAUAUUUUCGAGCAUUAUUGUAUGGCGGAAUGCGAGAGUCUCAGCCUGAAGCAGAAAUUCCUCUCCAAGACACCACUGCAGAAGCAUUCACAAUGCUCCUCAAGUAUAUCUACACAGGGCGGGCAACGCUGACUGAUGAGAGGGAGGAGGUGCUGCUGGACUUUUUAAGCCUGGCUCAUAAAUAUGGAUUUCCAGAGCUAGAGGAUUCUACUUCUGAGUAUCUCUGCACCAUACUUAACAUUCAGAAUGUCUGUAUGACUUUUGAUGUUGCCAGUCUGUACUCACUUCCCAAGUUAACUUGUAUGUGCUGCAUGUUUAUGGACAGGAAUGCUCAGGAGGUGCUCUCAAGUGAAGGUUUCCUCUCUCUUUCUAAGACAGCACUUUUAAACAUCGUGUUAAGAGAUUCAUUUGCAGCUCCUGAAAAAGAUAUUUUCCUAGCCUUACUGAACUGGUGUAAGCACAAUUCAAAGGAGAAUCAUGCUGAAAUCAUGCAGGCUGUGCGUUUACCUCUCAUGAGCCUCACUGAACUUCUGAAUGUUGUGAGGCCUUCGGGACUGUUGUCUCCUGAUGCCAUUCUGGAUGCCAUUAAAGUGCGAUCUGAGAGCCGGGAUAUGGACCUCAAUUACAGAGGCAUGCUCAUACCAGAAGAAAACAUUGCAACUAUGAAGUAUGGAGCCCAGGUUGUAAAGGGGGAGUUGAAAUCAGCCUUAUUAGAUGGUGAUACUCAAAAUUAUGAUUUGGAUCAUGGAUUUUCGAGGCACCCAAUUGAUGAUGAUUGCCGUUCCGGCAUUGAGAUUAAGCUAGGUCAGCCAUCCAUUAUCAAUCACAUACGGAUACUCCUGUGGGACCGAGAUAGCCGGUCUUAUUCAUACUUCAUUGAAGUGUCAAUGGAUGAACUUGAUUGGGUCAGAGUGAUAGAUCAUUCACAAUAUCUGUGUCGUUCUUGGCAGAAAUUAUAUUUUCCAGCCCGUGUCUGCAGGUAUAUUCGAAUUGUUGGGACUCACAACACAGUGAACAAGAUUUUUCACAUUGUGGCUUUUGAAUGUAUGUUUACAAACAAAACCUUCACUCUUGAGAAGGGGCUGAUAGUUCCCAUGGAGAACAUUGCAACAAUUGCUGAUUGUGCCAGCGUGAUUGAAGGAGUCAGUCGGAGCCGAAAUGCCUUGCUGAAUGGGGACACUAAGAAUUAUGAUUGGGAUUCUGGCUACACAUGUCACCAGCUAGGAAGUGGUGCGAUUGUGGUUCAGCUGGCACAGCCAUACAUGAUUGGGUCAAUACGGUUACUACUUUGGGAUUGUGACGAUCGAAGCUAUAGCUACUACGUUGAGGUUUCUACCAACCAGCAACAGUGGACCAUGGUUGCUGACAGAACUAAAGUUUCCUGCAAGUCCUGGCAGUCAGUAACUUUUGAAAGGCAGCCUGCCUCCUUCAUCCGGAUCGUUGGGACACACAACACAGCAAAUGAGGUGUUCCACUGUGUCCACUUUGAGUGUCCAGAGCAGCAGAGCAGCCAGAAGGAAGAAAACAGUGAGGAAUCGGGGACAGGGGACACCAGCCUGGCCAGUCAGCAGCUUGACCCCCAUGCCCUGCGGGCACCCAGUGGCAGCUCACUGCCCUCCAGCCCAGGCUCCAGCUCACGCUCCCCCAACCGGCAGCACCAAUAAAGGAGGCAGCAGGCCUGGUGUGACUUGGUGGGCUCCAGCGACCACAGGAAAUGGUCUCCUCCCUGAGCAGUGGUCUUUGGUUUCUGUCCCCGCUCCCGCCCCCGCCCCCGCCCCUUCCCAGGGAGGAGCAACCUGGCUGCAAAAGCGGACACAGAACAAGUUUUCUCCCAAGGACAGAAAGGGGCUGCUUUGUUCUCAAUUUGUAAAAAUCAGGCUGGUCUCCAGGGGGAGAAAAUGGGUCUUCAAUCUUCAUCAAGUCCACCAUUAACACCCUACCUCUCUAAUCUAAUCCAGGCGCAGGGAACAGGGGGAAGUAAUAGACAGGCCUGUGUUGGAAUACAAAAAUGGCACAGGAAUGCUCAGGCAGAGGAGGAAACAUCAGGCCUUUGUUACCUGGAGGCACCUUUUAGGAAAUGGGCUUCCACAGAGUGCUUACCCUUAUGGAAUACAUUGCCCUGGCAACUAAAUGAUUUUUUAUUUCUUUUAGUUUUUCUCAUUCAGUGAAUCGUAGGUGUUCCAGAUCUAUUUGAAAUGCUCAAACAGCAAAUCACUUGUUUUAAUCCCUUUUGAUGCUGUAAUUUUCCGUCCUUGGUUUUGAACGGUUCAGCUUGUGGGGACAGAGACCCAUCAUGCAUGUC